UCUUUUGCAUCUUCCCCCUUCUCACCUUCUCACCUCUUGUUUUAAAUACCAUUGUUUCAACUCCCUUCUGCUCCCAUAUUUAUUAUCCCUCACCUACGCACCCCACAAAGACAAGACACCAUGAAGCUACCUGCUCUGUUCAAGCCUAAAGAACCCACCUCCAAGCAACCAUGGCAAUGGCCUUCAUGCAAGCACCCCAAGACCCUUUCUUUCCGAGCAGGUGACGACGUUUUCAAGACCGUUAACUCCAUGUUCUUCGACCCUAACACCAACAACGACAGCGGUGUUGAAACCCCACAGUCAUGGUUCACCAACUCUUCCGACUCACCCAGUUUAUCCACCACCACCACCACCGACUCAGAUCAUCAAGGCUUUGAUGGUGAGUCUUUAGAGACAGUUGUCCGUGGAGCUCGUUCCGAGAGGCUGUUCUUCGAGCCAGGCGGUGACACGAGUUCCAUCCUCGAAGAAGCCAAAGCAGCCGGUGGUGGUGGUGAUGGGUUGUUCCCGUUCAAAGAAAGCGUGAUUCUAGCUAUGGAAUCUGAUGAUCCGUACGUGGACUUUCGUAAGUCGAUGGAAGAGAUGGUGGAGACACAUGGGAUGAAAGAUUGGGAAUGGUUAGAACAACUGUUGGGAUGGUAUUUGAAGGUGAAUGGGAAGAACAACCAUGGAUUUAUAAUCGGAGCUUUCAUUGAUCUUCUUGUAGCUAUCACUUCUUCCUCUGAUUCCACUUCUUAUUCUUCUGCUCUCUCUUCUUUCCCUUCAUCUCCUCUUUGUUCAACUGAAGGAGAUGUGGAUGAAUUUCAACUCCAACAAAACAUUGUUUUGCCUUAGAAUCACAGGUCGUUGGAUGAUGGCUUCUUUUUGGCUGUAUAGUAUUGAUCACUAUGUGAUAGAUGUUAUUAUAAUUAAUUGCAGUAAAUUUCGAGGUAGAAAGUGAAUCAAAAUUCCAUAUAAUUAUCGUUAGGUUA